CUUCCGGUUUUGUCUGCGGCAUCAACUUCAUCCCACUCUCAGUUCCCCCCCCGCCCCUUUAUUCUCAAUCCCUGGGCGCUGUAGCGGAAGAGCCGCUGGAGGACCGUGGCGCUAGGCCUACGGAAGAUCGUGGCACUGACAGCGGCAGGGGUGACGUGAGACCAUGGAGAUGCUACCAGACCAUGUGAGGCACAGAGUGGGGGCCACGGCGAUGGCCCAGAGGUCUGCUGCAUCCAGCAGCACCAUGAAGUCCGAGAAGAAAGGAAAGAAGCAGGUGGUGAAGAAACAGGUGAAGAUGGUGGCGGACACGGAGGAGGAAGAGAUCGUCUCACAGCUCACCAAGCUGCACCUUGAGGAAGACCAUGUUGUUGAUGGAACUGCCCUCUCCUAUGAUGAUCGACUGACGGAGCCGCAGUGUCUGUGGGACACUCAAUUUCCAGAACGGCCAGAGAGGGUGACGGCUGUGAUGCAAAAGAUCGAAGAAUAUGGACUCAAAGAACGAUGUAAAGCCAUCGCGGGCCGACUGGCAACCAGAGAAGAGCUCUUAUUGGUCCACAGCUCUGACUACAUCGAGCAGAUAAAGUCGACGGAGAAGAUGAGUGAGGGUGAACUGAGGUCCCUGUCCAACACCUACAACGAGGUCUUUCUCCACGAGAAGACAUACUCUGCUAGCUGCCUGGCUGUGGGCUGCGUGCUACAGGUAGUGGAUCAGGUGAUGGAGAGACAAGUCAGGAAUGGGAUGGCAGUCGUCAGGCCUCCUGGACACAAUGCGCUCAGUAAUGCCGCCAAUGCCUACUGCAUCUUCAACAACCUCGCGAUCGCAGCCAAGUACGCCCAGACAAAGCAUGGAGCAGAACGAGUGCUCAUUGUGGACUGGGACAUCCACCAUGGUCACGGAACGCAGUACAUCUUCGAGGACGACCACAGGUACACAGCCUUCAGCCGAGACGGACCAAGCCCACUCUUUACUCAUUAACAAUGGGGAAAUCUAAUUCCCCCUUUACCCCUACACAGUCUAAUUCCCCCUUCA